UGCUUCUCAAAGAUCGAUUUCCGCCAGGAGGCUCUAUCGUGCUAAAAAGGGAACCACUAGGGGGCGAGCUGGUACCAGCGGAGCACCGGCCUGGUGCACUCGCCCUCCCUCGCUCACCGCGCAGGGCGGGGCCUGUGCGUCCCGACCCGCUCCUGCGCCUGCUCAAGCGCCAUUUGACAGAGGGGUGGGGCUUGGCUUCCGAGUGUGGGCGGAAGUUGCCGAGAGUCCUCGGGAGCUUUGAGUACGCUCCGUUGGCCUCGCAAGGAGGCGGAAGUAACCGAUUAGCACCGGAAGUUGCCCAGCGCUGCCUGUGAGCGUUCUCAAGUGGCGCGGGGCGCCAGUUGCCAUGGAGCCGGCCGGGCCCUGUGGUUUUUGCCCGGCCGGGGAGGCCCAGCCCGCGCGCUACACCUGCCCUCGCUGUAAUGUGCCCUACUGCUCGCUGCGCUGCUACCGGGCGCAUGGCACCUGCGCCGAAGCCUUCUACCGGGACCAGGUGCUGGGAGAGCUCCGCGGCCGCAGCGCCUCGCCCAGCCGCCUGGCCAGCGCCCUACGGCGGCUGCGAGAGCAACGCGAGACCGAGGACGACCCCGAGGACGACCCCGAGGACGCCGGCCUCAGGCCUGGCCCGGCGCCAGGCGGCUUCACCAGGCUCUGGGAGCUGCUGGCCCCCGCCGAGAAGGCGGCCUUCGAGCGGCUGCUGAGCCGUGGCGAGGCCGGGCGGCUGCUGCCCCCGUGGCGGCCGUGGUGGUGGGGCCGCGGGGCCGGGUCGCGGCGGCUUCUGGAGGAGGUGGAUGAUGCUGCGGACCAUGACCCUGCGGAGCUGGAGCCCACCCCCGCGAGGACGUCACCGGAACCCGUGAAGGAGGCCGCCGCCGAGCCGUUUCUCGAAGACGCUCCCGAGGCCCGCGCGCCCGCCGUGCCCACCCGUAUCCCCACGCUGGCCAGCCUGAGCCGCAGCCCGGCCUCGCCGCUCGUGCGCUUCCAGCUGCCCAACGUGCUGUUCUCCUACGCGCACACUCUUGCCUUGUAUCACGGCGGCGACGAUGCGCUGCUCUCCGACUUCUGUGCCACGCUGCUCGGCGUUUCCGGAGCCCUGGGCGCGCAGCAGGUCUUCGCCUCUGCCGAGGAAGCCCUGCAGGCCGCCGCCCAGGUGCUCGAAGCAGGCGAGCAUCCGCCUGGGCCCCUGGGCACACGGGGUGCCAUGCGCGAAGCUGCCCGCAUCCUAAUGGGCGAAGGCCCGGCCGACCAGAAAGGCUACACGCUGGCAGCACUGGGGCACCUGGCGCGGACGCUGGGCCGGGCCCGGAAGCAAGCUGUGGCCACGGAAGAGCGAGAUCGCCUCUACCGGGCGCGGAAGAAGUGCCAGUUCCUACUGGCUUGGACCAAUGAAAAUGAGCUGGCGCUCACACCCCUGGCUCUGGACUGUGCCCGGGCCCAUCGAGCCCACGCUGUGGUGGCUGAGGAGGUGGCAGCCCUCACCGGCGAGUUGGAGCGGCUUUGGGGAGGCUCCCUGCCACCUGCUCCAAGAAUUCUCAUUGAGGAACUCCCUGGCUGAACUGGGAUCCCUCUGUCACUAAUAAAGCUGUGACUGGUCUGCCCUAUGAGCAGUGCCUGCUUCUGAGGAA